GACAGACUGUCUGCCGGAGCGGUGUGUGUCCUCUGUGCGUGUCCUCUGUGUCUGUCCUCUGUGUCUGUCCUGUGAGCGGGAUGGCGGAUGGAGAAAUGUUCGCAUUGGAGGAGAACCAGGCUGUGGAGGCGGGACCGCGGGACCACAGGAGGCUGACCCGACUUUACUGCAUGAACGGCGGACACCACCUGCAGAUCCUGCCCGAUGGGACGGUGCAGGGCCGGAGGGAGGAUGGAGACGCUCACACUGUUUUAAAGAUCAAAUCAGUGGACAGAGGAGUGGUGGUCAUCCAGGGGACAGAGGCUGAGCGAUAUCUGGCAAUGAGCGAUGAGGGACGUCUGUACAGUUCACCCACAGUCUCUGAUGAGUCGUACUUCCUGGAGAAACUGGAGGAGAAUCACUACAACACAUAUCGGCCUCAGAAGCAACGGGAGAGGAACUGGUAUGUGGCUCUGAAAAAGAACGGAAAACCUAAACUGGGUCCAAGAACUCACAUUGGGCAGAAGGCCGUCUUCUUUCUGCCCCGCCAGCUGGACAGCUCUGGGGAGUAGAAGAAGAAGACGUUCACCUCAACACGCAGUGUUUACCUGGAAAAAAAAUGGACCAGCAGCUGCUGGAGGACAGAUUUGUGUUUGUGAAAUAAGACGGGGUGAAAAGUGGUUGAGGAGAUGCUGGGAAAGGACUAGAUAAUUAUUUUUUCAAUGGUCUUGGUCCCUGCAAAAAGGAAUUUGAGCUAAAACACUGCACUUGUCUUUUUUUAUCCUCAACCUCCCACAUUACUGAACAACCCCAUGUCAUCUCUAUUAGCAACUGAACUACACUGCUACGGUCACUGUUCCUCUUAAAACCAGAGAAGAAGAAAAUGAAAGGUCAGAAACAGCAAAUGAGCCAAGUAAUUGUACUAUUAUGUGAUGUUAUUUAUAUUAACGGUAACCUAGAAGCAUUGUACACAAUUAUAUCCUGUUUAUAUAGACUAUAAUCAUAGAAAAUAUACUGCUAGUGAAUGUUUAUUUAUCUAACAUAUCUUAACGACUGAGGAAUUGUUUCCAGAUGUCAGUGAGAUUUGGCCAAACGUUCGGCCAAACAAGUCAUUUGUCUUGUGGAUGAAGGUGUGAUUACAGGGGCUGCUCUAAAAUAAUCUCUGGGACCAUUCUCUCAAACUGCUGCAUUUACUUGAAUGUUAAGAUGAUGGAUGUAAACCUUUGACUGAGAAUGUUGCAGGUGUGGUGGAGUUCAUAUAUCUGCACUUGUGCUUAAUAAAAUAUGUCUUGAAAAAGGUGUUGGUCCGGCCGACACCAAGAGGUCGAGGUGAGGGAUUUAAGCUUUACCAGACUUGUGGAUGGUUCAUAUUCUCUGCAGUUACACGCUGCUGCCCCUUGUGUUAUUACAGUGAAAUAUGUGACGUCCAUGACAGCAAUACAGACCUGACGGGCCCCAAGGCCAAUGGAAACCCCUCCUCUACUGAGUGCUUUUUUUUUUUUAACCUGAAAAAAAUAAUUCUUGAG